GGCGGAGCCACAGCCCGGGACUGUCCUAAGCUGCCGCAGGACACCAUGAAGCUGCUACCAGUGUUGGAGCCUGGAGGCAAGCCCAGGAAAGCAACAUGGUACACCUUGACCCCCCCUGGAGACGGCCCCUGUGCUCGGGUUGGCCACAGCUGUUCAUAUUUACCCCCAGUCGGUGACGCCAAGAGAGGGAAGGUCUUCAUUGUUGGGGGAGCAGAUCCAAACAGGAGCUUCUCAGAUGUGCACACUAUGGAUCUGGGAACACACCGGUGGGAUUUGGCUGCCGCGGAGGGCCUUUUGCCCCGUUACGAGCAUGCCAGCUUCAUUCCCUCUUGUGCACCUCAUACCAUCUGGGUGUUUGGAGGUGCUGACCAGUCAGGAAAUCGAAAUUGCCUACAAGUUCUGAAUCCUGAAACGAGGACUUGGACCAUGCCAGAGGUGAUCAGCCCUCCACCAUCUCCAAGAACAUUCCACACAUCCUCUGCAGCCAUUGGAAACCAACUGUAUGUCUUUGGGGGCGGAGAGAGAGGUGCCCAGCCUGUGCAGGAUGUGAAGCUGCAUGUGUUUGACGCAGACACUCUGACCUGGUCACAGCCAGAGACACUUGGCAAACCUCCAUCCCCCCGGCAUGGUCAUGUGAUGGUGGCAGCAGGGACAAAGCUCUUCAUCCAUGGAGGCUUGGCAGGGGACAAAUUCUAUGAUGAUCUCCAUUGCAUUGAUAUAAGUGACAUGAAGUGGCAGAAGCUAAGUCCCACUGGGUCAUCUCCCACAGGCUGUGCUGCCCACUCAGCUGUGGUUGUGGGGAAACACCUGUAUAUCUUUGGAGGGAUGACUCCCACAGGAGCCCUGGAUACAAUGUACCAGUAUCACAUAGAAAAGCAGCAUUGGACCUUGCUUAAAUUUGAUACUUUUCUACCCCCUGGACGAUUGGAUCAUUCCAUGUGUGUCAUUCCAUGGCCUGUGAUGUGUACUUCUGAGAAAGAAGAUUCAAAUUCUCUCACUCUAAACUGUGAUACUGAGAAAGGGGAGUCCACCAACAAAGGAGUGACCCAAGGUGGUGAUUUACAUGAGGAAAGUCAGACAGACACAUUGCUCUGUUUUGUGUUCGGCGGGAUGAAUACAGAAGGGGAAAUCUAUAAUGACUGUAUUGUGACUGUAGUUGACUAAUAAAUUCUACAUUUUUAUUAAAUGACAAACUUUCAGAAAAGUUAAAUGAAACCUUAGCUGUUUUAUACCUCCAAAAUAUUUUUUUGCACUAUGUAGCCCUCUUGCUCUUACCUACUUUGGUAGGUGAAAAAAUGGAUAGCCCAAGUGCAAAAACCUCUAUUAAAAGGGUUUUACCAGCAA